UCGUAUCCCGGCAUGCAUGACGCUGUUCUCUGACCGGCCAACUCGGUGUGCGAAACAUGGCGGCCUUCAGCAAGUACUUGACAACUAAGAACUCCUCCAUAAUCAGCGGGGUCCUCCUCAUCCUUUUCCUCCUCAAGCAGAGACGGAGGCCUGCCAAACCCAAUGGUAAGAAAGGUCAGUCAGAACUGCAGCUGAAUAAUGACAAAGAAGCGAAGAAGGACAGAGCUGCUGUGGACAAGGUGUUCUUUGCACGUCUCUGUCGGAUCUGCAGGAUUAUGCUUCCUACUAUGUUUUGCAAGGAGUCGGGAUAUCUGGUCCUUAUCGCAGUGAUGCUGGUUGCUCGUACCUACUGCGAUGUCUGGAUGAUCCAGAACGGAACAAUGAUUGAAAGUGCAAUUAUUGGUCGCUCGACAAAAGAUUUCAAGAAGUACUUGUUCAACUUUAUUACCGCCAUGCCUCUUAUAGCUUUAGUGAACAACUUCCUGAAGCUGGGCCUCAAUGAGCUGAAGCUGUGCUGCCGUGUCAGACUCACCAGGCACCUUUAUGAUGAGUAUCUGAAAGGUUACACCUACUAUAAGAUGGGCAACCUGGAUAACCGUAUCGCUAACGCAGACCAGCUGCUGACCCAGGAUGUGGAGAAAUUCUGUAACAGCGUGGUGGACCUGUACUCGAACCUGAGCAAGCCACUUCUUGACAUUGGUCUGUACAUCUUCAAGCUGACAAGUGCUAUUGGAGCACAGGGCCCUGCUUCUAUGAUGGCCUACCUGUUGAUCUCCGGCCUCUUCCUGACGAGGUUACGGCGUCCCAUUGGUAAAAUGACAGUGACGGAGCAGAGGUAUGAGGGGGAGUACCGAUACGUCAACUCCCGGCUCAUCACCAACAGUGAAGAGAUCGCUUUCUACAAUGGAAACAUAAGAGAGAAACAGACCAUUCACUCUACCUUCCAGAAACUCGUUGAUCAUUUGCACAAUUUCAUCUUCUUCCGGUUCUCCAUGGGAUUUAUUGACAGCAUAAUUGCCAAAUAUCUGGCCACUGUUGUGGGCUACCUGGUAGUGAGCCGUCCCUUCCUGGACUUGUCCCAUCCUCGUCAUCAGCAGAGCACGCAUGCAGAACUUUUGGAGGAUUACUACCAGAGUGGUCGCAUGCUUCUGCGCAUGUCGCAGGCUUUGGGCAGGAUCGUGCUGGCUGGAAGGGAGAUGUCCAGGCUGUCUGGGUUCACUGCCCGCAUCACUGAACUGAUGAAAGUCCUGAAAGAACUAAAUGCUGGGAAAUACGAGCGAACCAUGGUCACUCAACACGAUCGAGGUAAGAACUCAGAAACUGUGGAAAAACUGACUCUCGUCCCUGGAAAUGGAGAGAUUAUCAACACGGACAAGAUCAUAAAGUUUGACCACACACCACUGGCGACUCCCAAUGGAGACAUUCUGAUCAGAGACUUGACCUUUGAGGUACGGUCUGGAACUAAUGUCUUGGUCUGUGGUCCUAAUGGCUGUGGAAAGAGCUCACUUUUCCGUGUCCUUGGAGAACUUUGGCCUCUCUUUGGUGGACGCCUCACCAAACCCGAAAGAGGGAAAUUGUUCUAUGUUCCUCAGAGGCCUUACAUGACCUUGGGGUCUCUGCGGGACCAGGUGAUCUACCCAGACACCCCUGAAGAUCAGAGGAGGAAAGGGAUUUCCGACCAGGUGCUGAAGGAGUAUCUGGAUAACGUCCAGCUGGGACACAUUCUUGACCGAGAGGGCACGUGGGACACUGUGCAGGACUGGAUGGAUGUCCUCAGCGGAGGGGAAAAGCAGAGGAUGGCGAUGGCAAGGCUCUUCUACCACAAGCCUCAGUUCGCCAUCCUGGACGAGUGCACCAGCGCCGUCAGCGUUGACGUGGAGGAUUACAUCUACAGCCACUGUAGGAAGGUCGGCAUCACUCUGUUCACAGUGUCACACAGGAAGUCCCUGUGGAAGCACCAUGAGUACUACCUCCACAUGGACGGGAGGGGGAACUACGAGUUCAAACCCAUUACUGCAGAAACCGUGGAGUUCGGCUCAUAAGUGGCAUGUGACCACAGCGCCCUCCAGUGGCCAAGGCUGAUGAUUACCACUUAAGCAAGCGGUCAGCUAGACAGAGUAUUGUUUCUAAUCAGAUCGACCCAUCGUUCCCAAUAACACUAUUUAAAUUUCUAAAGAUGGUUUAAUAAUAAAUUUGUUAAUUGCUGUACAUAACUUGUAAUUAAAAAUCCAUUGUCUAGUCUUGAACACUGGACUGCCUUUAUUCAGACUAUUAAAUAGGCUAAUCCCAAAGAAAUAUGUCGCUGUCAUGUUUCUAAGGAUAAAAUUUACCUUAACAUGGAAUUUGUAAGAGUACAGCUUUGAAGCGUGUCAUCUUGUUUAGUCCAGAUCAAGAGCGGCAACCCAGGUCUAUCAGUACCAGGAAUGUUUCCCGUCUUUGUCUCUAACCCCACUGAAGCAUGUAGUUUGUCGUGGGAGUGCUUGGGGGGGGGGUACGUGGAUCCCGGUCCGUAUGCAUCCGUGGGAAAUCAGUAACUGAUCUGGGCCUAUAGUGAAGCCAUUUGCUUUUUUGUGUGUGAUUUACUGAAGAUGCUGUCAGCUACAGCUGAUUUAAAGGCAUUAACCUAACUGAAAUUCGUCAGAGGCCUGGCACACGUACUCUCUCUUCUCCCCUGCCCCAUCUGGCCCAGUAACCCAUUUUUUUAAUAAUCAGCCCUUUGAUAUAAUCGGCACAUUAACUGUUGUUGUGUGUGUGCGUGCGUGUGUCUGCGUGCGUGUGUGUGCGUGCAUGCGUGUGUAGGCGUGUGCAGGUUUUUGCACAUGUUUUAAUGAGCUAAUGUUACUACUGUAUGUCCAAUACUGUGCUCAGUGUCUCUUUAGCCAGAAACUUCUCUGAUACUGAUCCUGGGUUGAGAAAUACGAAAGUGCUGUGGGUUCAGAAACUGUUAUGCAAUGUUUGUCGUCUUCUAAGGUCUGGGAUGAUGGAUAGAUAUGCAAGGUCACAGCCUCCUUUACUUAUGUUAAGGGACACUUAGCUGCUGCCUCUGCAAACUGAUGUAAUUACCUUCUUGACAUUUCAAAACUAAAAAUUAAAAAAACACCUUUGUAAGAUUCCUGGUUUUAUACAGGACUGUGGCAACACAAGAAUGUAGCCGUAAAUAUGUGCAUGGAUCUAGAAUACGCUGAACUGUAAUUUUCAUUAAAAAAUAACCUAAGAAAAAA